GCGAAACUACUUGAGUUCCAGCAUUUUGUCUCUUUACACUUGCCGUACGCUUUACGGCGGGAUUGAGCAGAAAGUGUCACAACCUUUUAGCGUGUUAUUUUGAGUGGAAAACGGAGUAUAAUUUACCGUACUUCCCAGGCGAUAUCACAAGUGUCCAGGUGCUCCGGUUUGGUUGUGUCUUUUGCAAAAUGUGCUCCCUGGCGCUGUUUCCUCCUCCGCUGCCCUCCGGACAGACCACUCUGUGCGAGUCCAACAACGAGCUGCUGCCGGGGACCAGCACCGACGACCGACUCAAACAGGACUCCAGCCCUUUGAGUCUAUACUUUCCCCGAGAGUUUCUGAAGCUCCACAGUCGCUCAGAAAGCAAUAGCGGCAGCAAGGCAGCCUUUCUGGAUCACUCUGAAACCUUGUGGAUGAGGAGUGCGGCAGCAUGGCGGGAUCGUGGGUUCACAGGACUACUCAAUGAAAUUAUCAACUCUGAUAAAGAGGUACCCAAAUGGCUUUCUGUGAGUUCUGGCUGUAUCCUGGCGCUACUCCAACGGGUGUCUUCUUUCCACAGUUCUUUGUUUCCUCAUCUCACAUUGAGCUGUGAGGACAUGAUAACAGAGUUUUCACAAGUGCUGAAUUGGUCUGACUGUGUAGUCCGAGCCUUUGCUUGGCAUCCUCAUACAGAUAAAUUUGCUGUAGCCCUUCUGGAUGACUCCAUUAAGAUUUACAACCCCAAAAGUGUCACAACUCCCACAUUAAAACACCGUCUACAGAGAAGCGUGGCAGCUGUUCAGUGGAAACCACUCUGUGCAUCUGCUCUGGCAGUCGCUUGUCAGAAUUGUUUACUCGUUUGGCAUGUGGACCCCUGCUCACUGUCAACCAGGCCAUCAUCUGGUUGUGCUCAAGUAUUGUCUCAUGCUGGUCACUCUCCAGUCACUUUCAUUGCCUGGUCUCCAAGUGGGUCAUUCCUUGUGUCCGCCUCGCCUGUGGACACAUCAAUGAUGGUUUGGGAUGUUGCUGCAGAAAGCUGUGUUCCCCUUCAGCGUGUAGGAGGUGGUGGAGUCACCUUCCUGAGUUGGUCCCCUGAUGGUAGCCGUGUCCUAGCCUCUACACCUUCUGCCCUGUUCAGGGUCUGGGAGACCAAGAUGUGGACCUGUGAGCGUUGGCCCUCUGUCAAAGGGCGGUGCCAGUCUGGCUGUUGGAGUCCAGAUGGGAGUCGUCUUCUCUUUACAGUACAGGGGGAAUCGGUCAUCUAUGUGCUCACCUUCACUGACACACAAGGUCUUGUUGGCAUACCUGCAAGCACAUCAACAGGACCACAGAUGGCAACAGUGGUGGCUGACCUGUCAGAGACGACCUUCAACACACCAGAUGGAGACAUCAUUGUUGGAGGAGAGAUCCAGUCUUUAGCCUGGGACCCAAGAGGAGAAAGGCUUGCUGUCCUUCUUAAAGGUGAUCUCCAAGAAGCAGGCCGACCUGCUGUUAUAGCAGUGUUCAAGACAAAAAACAGCCCCAUUUUUGAGCUUUUGCCAUGUGGCUUUGUUCAAGGGGAGCCUAGUGCUGAACCAAGACUGAUGCAGUUCCACCCAAAUUUCCAGCAUGGAGCUCUGCUCACUGUGUGCUGGUCCACUGGCAGAAUUACUCAUGUGCCUUUCUACUUCCUGAGUGCUGGCAUCCCCCGUUUUGGUCUUGGUGGCAGUUUAUCUCUACCUCCUGCACUGGAAAAGCCUGAUGACUUUGCCAAUCAGUCGCUAUUUACAGAGCUUAUAUCUUAAUUAUCUCUUAAUCAAGUGUGAUCCAAUAUCAGACACUCACAAAUGAUUUUAGUAUUUAAUGUCAAUAAAAAAGUAUUCAGUAGUAA